GUUUGGAAGUCAGAUCCCUGCAUCCCCCCGCUUUACUAGGUCAAGUCUCUCUCAGACCGGUUCCUGCCCAUCACUGCUAAGUGGACCAGCUGGUGCGGCUGCGGAGCAGGAAUCUCCUCUAGCACUUCAUCCGUUUGGAGACUUCUCGGAUAACUUUCCACAGAGAUGGCCUUGCUUGGGAAUCCUGCUUCUUCCAGCAUCUUCUAAUUAUGGGACAAAGUUGUACCAGCCGGUCUGAAGCGGGAGAUCCAGGCUGAUUGAGCCAUUCAGGAGCCACUGGGGGACGUGUCCUGCCUUUGAAGAGCUAGCUCCAGUGGGUUGAGUCUAGCCCUCCCUGUGGUAAGCAAGAUGCUACUUCUGCCAUUCCUGCUGGGGCUCUUGGGGACAGGAAGCCACUUAUUCCUUUCGGGGGAUUGUCAAGAGGUGACCACUGUCAUGGUGAAAUUCCAAGUGACAGAGGAAGUGCCGUCCGGCACGGUGAUAGGGAAACUGUCCCAAGAACCGGGAGUGGAGGAGAGGCGUGGGAAGGCAGGAGAUGCCUUCCAGAUCCUGCAGCUGCCUCAGGCACUGCCUAUUCAGAUGAAUGCGGAGGACGGCCUGCUCAGCACUUCCAGCCGGCUGGAUCGGGAGCAGCUCUGCCAGCAGCAAGAUCCCUGCCUGCUGUCCUUUGAUGUGCUGGCCAUGAGGGCUUCGGCUCUGAUUCACGUGGAGAUUCGGGUACUGGACAUCAACGACCACCAGCCACGGUUUCCCAAGGGUGAACAGGAGCUGGAAAUCUCGGAGAGUGCCGCUCCGUACACACGGAUCCCCUUGGACAGGGCUCUUGACCAAGACACUGGUCCUAACAGCUUGUAUUCCUACUCUCUGUCUCACAGUGAACACUUUGCUCUGGAUGUUAUUGUGGGGCCCGAUGAGACCAAACAUGCAGAACUGGUGGUGGUGAAGGAGCUGGACAGGGAAGUCCACUCCUUUUUUGAUCUGGUGCUGACUGCCUAUGACAAUGGGAAUCCCCCUAAGUCAGGCACCAGCGUGGUCAAGGUCAAUGUCCUGGAUUCCAAUGACAAUAGUCCGGUGUUUGCCGAGAGUUCACUAGCGCUAGAAAUCCCAGAAGACACUGCUCCUGGCACUCUUCUCUUAAACCUGACUGCUACGGACCCAGACCAAGGACCCAACGGGGAGGUAGAGUUCUUCUUUGGCAAACAUGUGUCCCCAGAGGUGAUGAACACCUUCGGUGUAGAUGCCAAGACGGGCCAGAUCAUUCUGCGCCAAGCCCUAGACUAUGAGAAGAAUCCUGCCUAUGAGGUGGAUGUCCAGGCAAGGGAUCUGGGUCCCAACUCCAUCCCUGGCCAUUGCAAAGUUCUCAUCAAAGUUCUGGAUGUCAAUGACAAUGCUCCAAGCAUCCACGUCACAUGGGCCUCCCAGCCGUCCCUGGUGUCAGAAGAUCUGCCCAGGGACAGUUUCAUUGCUCUUGUCAGUGCCAAUGACUUGGACUCAGGAAACAAUGGUCUGGUCCACUGUUGGCUGAAGCAAGAGCUGGGCCACUUCAGGCUGAAAAGGACUAACGGCAACACGUACAUGCUGCUCACCAACGCCACACUGGACAGAGAGCAGUGGUCUACAUAUACUCUUACGGUGUUUGCCCAAGACCAAGGACCCCAGCCCUUAUCAGCUGAGCAGGAGCUCCGAAUUCAGGUCGGUGAUGUCAAUGACAAUGCGCCUGUGUUUGAGAAGAGCCGGUACGAGGUCUCCACUUGGGAAAACAACCCACCCUCUAUUCAUCUCGUUACUCUCAAAGCUCAUGACGCUGACUUGGGCUUUAAUGGGAAAGUGUCAUACCAUAUCAAGGACUCCCCCGUUUCUCACCUAGUAGUUAUUGACUCUGAGACGGGAGAAGUCACUGCUCAGAAGUCACUGGACUAUGAGCAGAUGGCAGGCUUUGAGUUCCAGGUGAUAGCCGAGGAUGGAGGGCGACCCCGGCUUGCAUCUGCCAUCUCUGUGUGGGUUAGCCUCUUGGAUGCCAACGAUAAUGCCCCAGAAGUGAUUCAGCCUGUGCUCAGUGAAGGCAAAGCCACCCUUUCAGUGCUUGUAAACGCCUCCACGGGCCACCUUCUGUUGCCCAUCGAGAAUCCCAGUGGCUUGGAUCCAGCAGUUACUGGUACAGCACCAAUGGCUACCCACAGCCCCUGGUCUUUCCUUCUGGUGACGAUUGUGGCAAGAGAUGCAGACUCGGGGGCCAAUGGGGAGCUCCUCUACAGCAUUCAGAGUGGGAAUGAGGCUCAUCUCUUUGUCCUCAGCCCCUCCUUGGGACAGCUAUUCAUUAACGUCACUAAUGCCAGCAGCCUCAUUGGGAGUCAGUGGGACCUGGGCAUAGUGGUAGAGGACCACGGCACCCCCUCCUUACAGACUCGAGUUCUGUUGAGGGUCGUGUUUGUCACCAGUGUGGACCACCUAAGGGACUCUGCUCAUGAGCCUGGGGUCCUGAGCACACCAGUGCUGGCAAUGAUCUGCCUGGCUGUACUGCUGGCCAUCCUUGGGUUGAUCUUGGCUCUGUUCGUGUCCAUCUGCCGGACAGAGAAGAAGGAUAACAGGGCAUACAACUGUCGCGAAGCUGAGUCCACGUACCGCCACCAGCCCAGGAGGCCCCAGAAACACAUUCAGAAGGCAGAUAUCCACCUGGUGCCUAUGCUCAGGGCCCAGGAGGACGAGGCUGAUGAAGUUAGGUCAUCUCACAAGGAUACCAGUAAGGAGGCCCUAAUGGAAGCAGGCUGGGACUCCUGCCUGCAGGCCCCCUUCCACCUCACACCAACCCUAUACAGGACCCUGCGUAACCAAGGCAACCAGGGGGCACUGGCAGAGAGCCAGGAGGUACUCCAGGAUACCUUCAACUUUCUUUUCAACCAUCCCAGGCAGAGGAAUGCCUCCAGAGAAAACCUAAGCCUUCCUGAGUCCCCACCUGCCCUAGGCCAGCCACACUUAAGGCCUCUGAAGGUACCGGGCAGCCCCACAGGGAGGCUGGCUGGAGACCAGGGCAGUGAGAAGGCCCCACAGAGCCCACCAGCCUCCUCUGCAACCCAGAGACGGCAGCGAAAUCUCCACGGCCAAGUGUCUCCUGCGGGAGAGUCCGGUCCUCGCCAGAUUCUGCGGAGCCUGGUCCGGCUAUCUGUGGCUGCUUUCGCGGAACGGAACCCCGUGGAGGAGUUUGCUGGGGAUUCUCCUCCUGUCCAGCAAAUCUCCCAGCUGCUGUCCUUGCUGCAUCGGGGCCAAUUCCAGCCCAAACCAAACCACCGAGGAAAUAAAUACUUGGCCAAGCCCGGCGGCAGCAGGGCUGCCAUCCCAGACACAGAUGGCCCAGGUGUCAGGCCUGGUGGCCAAGCAGAACCUGACCUGGAAGAAGGCCCCCUAGGCCCUGAGGAGGACCUUUCUGUGAAGCGACUUCUAGAAGAAGAGCUGUCAAGCCUGCUGGACCCCCAUACAGGUCUGGCCCUGGACAAGCUGAGUCCCCCUGACCCAGCCUGGAUGGCGAGACUGUCAUUGCCCCUCACCACCAAUUACCGAGACAACUUGUCUUCCCCUGACGCUGCAGCUUCAGAGGAACCGAGAACCUUCCAGACGUUCGGCAAAACAGCCGGACUGGGACCCGAGCUAAGCCCAACAGGCACGCGCCUGGCCAGCACGUUCGUCUCAGAGAUGAGCUCGCUGCUGGAGAUGUUGUUGGAGCAGCACACGGUGCCAGUGGAGGCUGCGUCCGCGGCUUUGCGGCGGCUCUCGGUGUGCGGCAGGACCCUCAGUCUAGACCUGGCCACCAGUGGGGCCUCGGGCUCAGAAGCACAGCUGAGUAGAAAGAAGGCAGCAGACAGCAGACGUGACUGUGGCAGGAAUCUAUGACCAUGCUUGGUUGGGAGGUCUUUGGAUCCAGGAACCAGGUUCCCCGGGAGAUGUUAGGGUGCUCAGACCCUCAUCUCAGGGAAUGAGCUGAUUUCUAAAAUUGUGGAACUCACUGGCUAGAGACUCUAACUUUAGGGUGACUUAUGCUGUUCCCCACAGAGGAGGACUAACAGGUAACUGGCCAGAGCAGACCUUGUAACAGGGACCCUAUGGCUGGGCAUUAUGGAGGACAGGGGCAGCUUUGGGUCUCCCUGAGGAAUUUGUGGUAAAACACAUACAGGGUGUAAAGAGUUGGCCCUCAGGAGGAACAGAUGCCACUGAGUGUAGUAUCAUAAGCAGGAGGGUGGCCUCACUGGAUACUGAAGGCAGAGGGCUGGCUCCUGGGGAGCUAGGCAAUGUGCUCUCUGACCUACUAAUAAAGGAAAAACUGCAGCUCAUUCUCCUGUUUGCCAGAGUACCAGAGCGAGGGCAAUUUGCCAUCUAAUUUCUGUUGGGUCAUGGCAGGAGUGGGUCACACUGGUUCACAGUGACAGGUACGCAGAUAAUGGACAUGUGUGUUCUUGGCUCCACUCCACUAUGUUAUCCAACAAUAUGCUUCUCAGCUGGAAAAUCGGGACCAAGUAAAGCAAGACUGUAAAUUAGAGUAUUUAUAUGAGCCAGGCAGUAGGCUUUAAUUUGAUUUUUUCCCACAAUGCUAGGUUGGUGGUAUACUAUACCCAUUUCACAGAUAUGAAGCUUGGAAAAGUUGAAUGUCUCUCCCAAGAGUGAGCAGGGAGUAGAUGCAGAGCCAGGAUUUGUGCUCAGGCUGGCCCAACACCAAAGCCUAUGCCAUCAACCGUGGCACUAGAUUGCCAACCAAGGAAUAGAAAAGGAGAAGUCCUUGAGAUGCAGACUUGCAGAUAGAAGGCAUCCGGGCCCAUAUGACGGCGUGCUUAUAAGCACGGGUUCAAAGGAGCUUUGCAUCUGCCCAGUGCCAGUCCUGUCCCUUUCCAGGGAGCAACCCUUCAGAUGCAGAAGUCAUCUUUUCUGACACCCUAGCUGGGGAAAUCUUUCGCUAUUGGCAGGCUUGGGUCUGGGAAUUGAGGCCCCGGAGGAUGGUAUGUGAACUGGGACUAUGAAAUCCAUACUGACAGCAGCCAGCCUUCCAGGGGUGGGAAGAGUGAAGAAAUAGCUAAUCUGUUCCCAAGGCUCUUUGUUUCUGGAAAUUUCCAAGCAGUCACAGCUAAUUUAGGAUAGUAUGGGGGGCUCUCCUGGACACUGGAGGCAGAGAUAGUGUCUGCUUCACUUGUCCUCUUCAGGGCCCGGAAUGAGGUGAUGUUAGUCCAGCUUAGAGAUGAGCAGUAUGAGACCUGAAGAAGUUAAGCAUUUCAGAGGCAAGGUCUGCGUCUCUCAUCGCCUCACUCCAGGUCAGAGUGAUCGUACGAGACCUGUGAUUUUCAAGCUGGUUCACAGAGCAGCUGGGUUCCAGGCCACUGAGAGAGGCCAUGAAAACCAAGCAAGCAGGAGCUCCAGCUUGUCCACCCUGGCACAGCUGACACUAGAGAUACUUGUUGAGUGGCCAUAUGAAUGAA